AAAGUAUUGUUACCAAGUACCAACGUUGUUUAAUUUGAUUCCAUGCUACACCGAAUCAUCACAAAUUAUGAAGAAGCCUCGGGACAACUUAUCAACAAGGACAAAUCCUCCAUCACCUUUUCACCAAAAACAAGCAAGGAAAUCAGAAACAGAGUGAAAAACCAACUUGGAAUCACGAAAGAAGGAGGAACUGGGAAAUACCUUGGUCUGCCUGAGCUCUUUGGAAGGAAGAAGAGGGAUCUCUUCGAAUCUAUUGUUGCUCGGAUUAAGAAGAAAGCAGCAAGCUGGUCCUCUAAAAGACUCUCUGCAGCAGGGAAAUUGAUCAUGCUCAAAUCAGUCCUGACAGCAAUACCUCCUUACUCAAUGUCUUGUUUUCAGCUACCUAUUGCCUGGCACGACCAAAGCAAGAAUGCUGGUCUGGGAUGGGUGGUGCUCAACAGAGCCCAUGAAGUCAAAUCAAGAAAUUGCAAACCAGUCCCCUAUAUCAAAAGCUCAUGUGAAGCAGAGGCUUUGUGCAUCCUUGAAGCCAUUUUAUCUCUUCAAAACCAUCACCAGGACAAGAUCAUCAUCGAAUCUGACUCAAAAGUUGCCAUCACGGCCAUCAACACGCGGAAAUCACCGAUCAACAUGAUAGGAGUCAUUGAAGACAUCUUAAACUUUGCUAAACCUUUUCACUCUAUAUCUUUUAGAAACAUUCCAAGAUCAGAAAAUACAUGUGCUGAUGAUCUUGCCAAAACAGCCAUUAGGUCGAUGACCCUAGGCCAAUCUACUUCUUUGUAAUCCCCUGUUUUUUCUUAAUGAAAGUUUGUCUUUCCA